AUGCGGAGCGAUCUCGUCAAAUGGUUGGCAGCUCCUGAGUCAUCAACGCAACAGAAGGAGGUCACCGAGAAACGCUUCAAGAAUACCUGCAAAUGGCUGCUUCAACUUCCAGCGUUCAUUGAGUGGAAGUCAGGUAGGAAGUCAUUUCUGUGGCUACAUGGCAAGUCUGGAUCCGGGAAAAGCACACUUUGCUCUGCUGUCAUUGAAGCCCUCGAGAAGGAAACCGCUUUCCCCGAUGACGGCCGGAUCAUCUAUUUCUACUUUGACUUUAGGGACCUCGACAAUGAGCACUCGUUUGAAAAAAUGCUACGGUCUUUGGUACUGCAGCUCUCAUCUCAAGAUAUGAAAUUGCAAAGCACACUUCAGAAGUCUUAUGUCGACCAUAACAACGGCGAUCGUCAGCUAUUGCCUGGGGAGCUGAUAGACAUGCUGACCGAAAUGGUACAGACACUUACCCGCGUCCACAUUGUCAUUGACGCUCUCGACGAGUGUAUCAUGCGAGAUGAUGUUGGAUCCACCAUGGCUCAUGGUAAUAUUGAGACAAGACUAAGAAAUGGCUAUGAAUUCGACCGGUGGAAAAGCCCACAGUAUGCUCAUAUCCUCGACGACAUCGAGGAAAGGCUUGUCGGAGAGGCGGAUGGAAUGUUCCGAUGGGUUGUUUGCCAGCUAGACCAGUUAAAAAUGUGUCUUGGUGUCGAUGAGAUAGAAGAAGCGCUCAAUUCAUUGCCCUCAACACUCGAUGAGACCUACCAUCGUAUUCUGAACGCCAUUCCUUCACAUCACAAAACAAAGACUAUCAGGGUAUUACAGCUGCUAAUCGCGGCAAGGGAGCGCCUGACGAUAAAUCAACUCGUGGAUGCCGUUGCAGUUCAAAUCGAUGCCGAGCCGUAUUUUGAUCCGGAAAAGAGAAUACCACGGCCUGAGGAAGUGGUCAUGUACUGUUCAUCGCUAGUUGAGGUACUCCCUGCCCAUUGGUUCGACGAGAGGCAUGUUCAGCUCGCUCAUUCAUCAGUCAAAGCGUUCUUGACUCCGGCUCAUCUCGAUGAUGAAUGGGCACCAUAUUUCGACUUGCCGAGACUAGAAGUUUCGGUCGCGACAGUCUGUUUGUGCUAUACCAUCCACAUGAACGCCUACAAAUAUUCAGAGGCGGUUCAGUUGCGGUGGAAAUUCCCAUUCUCACGGUACAGUUUGUCUCAUUGUAUGACUCAUGCAGUCGCUGUGGGGGACACAGAUCAUAGCGUGCUUGACCUUGCUCUCGACUUAUUCCUGCACCGGAAAGAAGCAUAUCAACAGUGGUGGUGGGGGCCUUAUCUUGAAGACGAUUAUAUCAAUGACGACCCUCCACCUGCCCUACAUGCGGCUUGUCAGCUUGAUUGGGCCCCUCUUGUACGAAGGCUUCUUGAGCAAGGAUCUGACCCGAACGCCGUAUACCCAGGCCUCGCAAGCGCGGCCCAUGAAGCUUGCAAGAUUGGUAACAGAGAGAUCCUUCAGCUGCUGAUUAUGAACGGAGCCGACUUCAGUAAGCGGGCCAUGGACCCGAUUACUGGACAUUCUUCUACCCCGUUCGGUUAUGCUUGUCGAACCCUUGACCGUCAUGUUAUUGCGAUGAUACUAAACCACCUACAUGAACGCGAUAUUGCGGCGGGAACUUGGGACCAAAUGUACAAGGAAGCCUUGUGGGCAGCAUGUGCCUGUGACGAUCAAGUCUUGCUUCAGGUGCUCCUGACGGACAUUUCUACAAAUCGAGUGUGUAAUUGGCAGACCAUGUCCUUCAGUCCUAUCGCAUGUGCCAUAGACACAUGUAAGCCAAGAUGUCUCCGCAGUAUCUUCAACCAUUUGAAGAAUGCUGACAACGAUACUGACACGGGCCUGGGCGCGGCUUUUACGUUGUUUCAAGAGGCCUUUGUCAGGCUGUACAAGAAUCAAAAGCAAUUGUGGAAUGUGGCAAUUUACGAAGAGAUUCAUGACAUAUUGAAGACCCAAGUACGAUGCACUGCAUCAAGCCCUGUCGAAGGAUUAGAAAAAGUUGGCCUGAGCGACUGGUUCCACUUAGUCUAUGCUAACUGUUCCAAGGAGUUGGACAGUAUAUUAGUCAAGCUGAAAUCAAGGGAGAAAGAAAGAAGGAUACAAGAAGCAACUAGAGAACUGGCAAGUGGAGCUUCGGAAGAAACUAUAGGACUUGUUAGCUGGGUAGGAGAUGUGAGCGAGGACGAGAUAUCAGGAGAUAGCAGCGAUGAAAGGAUUACGGAAGAUGGUAGCGAAGAAGACACGAGCUGGAACCAGGUUUAG